GACGCGGGGACGCGGCUUUGUGCUGGCGGGUCGCGGGGCGCCCAUGGCGGAGUGCGGCCGGGGGGGCGCCGCCGGCGGGGCCCUGCCCACCUCCCCGGGCCCGGCCCUCGGAGCCAAGGGCGCCCUGAAAGCCGGAUCCGGAGAAGGCGGCGGGGGAGGUCGCCUCGGCCACAGGCGGGCGCGCUAUGACAGCGGCGGGGUUUCCAACGGAGACUGCAGCCUCGGCGUGUCUGGGGACGAAACCCGAGCCAGCCCCACCAGGGAGCCCUAUGGCACAGCGCUCGCCCCGACCCCCAGCCCGGCCGCCGGUACCCUCUCCCGGGAGAGCAAGCCGGGCGGCCUGCCCCGGCGGAGCAGCAUCAUCAAGGAUGGUACAAAGCAGAAAAGAGAACGGAAGAAGACGGUAUCAUUCAGCAGCAUGCCAACGGAGAAGAAGAUCAGCAGUGCGAGCGACUGCAUCAACUCCAUGGUGGAGGGCUCAGAACUCAAAAAGGUUCGGUCCAACUCGAGGAUUUACCAUAGGUAUUUUUUACUGGAUGCCGACAUGCAGAGCCUGAGGUGGGAACCAUCCAAGAAGGAUUCUGAGAAAGCCAAGAUUGAUAUUAAAUCCAUCAAGGAAGUGAGAACAGGAAAGAAUACAGACAUAUUCCGCAGCAAUGGCAUUUCUGAUCAGAUAUCUGAAGAUUGUGCAUUUUCUGUCAUAUAUGGAGAGAAUUAUGAGUCACUUGAUUUGGUUGCCAACUCUGCAGAUGUUGCAAAUAUCUGGGUUACUGGACUGAGGUACCUAAUUUCUUAUGGAAAACACACACUUGAUAUGUUAGAAAGUAGCCAAGACAACAUGAGGACUUCUUGGGUUUCACAAAUGUUUACUGAAAUCGAUGUAGAUAAUUUUGGACAUAUAAGUCUGUGUAACGCUGUGCAAUGUAUCAGAAACCUCAACCCUGGUCUAAAAACGAGCAAAAUUGAGCUUAAGUUCAAAGAAUUACACAAAUCCAAGGACAAAGCUGACACUGAAGUCUCAAAGGAAGAAUUUGUUGAGGUUUUCCAUGAGCUUUGUACUAGACCUGAAAUUUACUUCCUUUUAGUUCAGUUUUCAAGCAAUAAAGAAUUCCUUGAUACCAAGGACCUUAUGAUGUUUCUUGAGGCAGAACAGGGUGUGGCGCAUAUAAAUGAGGAAAUAAGCCUUGAGAUUAUUCACAAAUAUGAGCCAUCCAAAGAGGGUCAGGAAAAGGGCUGGCUGUCCAUAGAUGGUUUCACUAAUUACCUUAUGUCAUCUGACUGUUACAUCUUUGAUCCAGAACAUAAGAAGGUCUGUCAGGAUAUGAAGCAACCUUUGUCUCAUUAUUUUAUAAACUCAUCCCAUAAUACCUACUUAAUAGAGGAUCAGUUCCGAGGUCCCUCUGAUAUCACAGGAUACAUCCGAGCUCUUAAAAUGGGUUGCCGGAGUGUUGAAUUGGAUGUAUGGGAUGGACCAGAUAAUGAACCUGUAAUUUACACAGGCCACACCAUGACCUCUCAGAUAGUCUUCCGCAGCGUCAUUGAUAUUAUUAAUAAGUAUGCGUUCUUCGCUUCAGAGUAUCCUCUUAUUUUGUGUUUGGAAAAUCACUGUUCUAUUAAACAACAAAGGGUAAUGGUUCAACAUAUGAAGAAAAUUUUAGGAGACAAGCUCUAUACAACAUCACCCAAUGUUGAGGAGUCCUAUCUACCAUCCCCAGAUGUCCUGAAAGGGAAAAUACUAAUUAAAGCAAAGAAGCUUUCCUCAAAUUGCUCUGGAGUAGAAGGAGAUGUUACUGAUGAAGAUGAAGGAGCAGAGAUGUCUCAAAGGGUGGGAAAAGAGAACAUGGAGCAACUCAACAAUGUGCCUGUGAAGCGAUUUCAGCUUUGUAAAGAACUGUCUGAACUGGUAAGCAUCUGCAAAUCAGUUCAGUUCAAAGAAUUUCAGGUGUCAUUUCAGAUUCAGAAGUACUGGGAAGUCUGUUCAUUUAAUGAAGUGCUUGCCAACAAAUAUGCCAAUGAAAAUCCAGGGGACUUUGUAAAUUACAACAAACGUUUCCUUGCUAGGGUUUUUCCUAGUCCAAUGAGAAUUGACUCUAGUAAUAUGAACCCUCAAGAUUUUUGGAAAUGUGGUUGUCAGAUAGUAGCCAUGAACUUUCAGACACCAGGACUGAUGAUGGACCUGAAUAUUGGCUGGUUUCGGCAGAAUGGGAACUGCGGCUACGUCCUUCGGCCGGCCAUCAUGAGGGAGGAAGUCUCCUUCUUCAGCGCCAACACAAAAGACUCUGUCCCAGGAGUCUCACCUCAACUUCUUCACAUUAAAAUCAUCAGCGGGCAGAACUUUCCCAAGCCCAAAGGAUCAGGCGCCAAGGGCGAUGUGGUGGAUCCUUAUGUCUAUGUUGAAAUUCACGGAAUCCCUGCUGACUGCGCAGAACAAAGGACAAAAACAGUGAACCAGAAUGGAGAUGCUCCCAUUUUUGAUGAAAGCUUUGAAUUUCAAAUCAACCUCCCUGAACUGGCCAUGGUGCGCUUUGUAGUACUCGAUGAUGAUUACAUUGGGGAUGAAUUUAUCGGUCAGUACACAAUUCCCUUUGAAUGUUUACAAACGGGCUACCGCCAUGUCCCCCUGCAGUCGUUGACUGGCGAGAUCCUGGCACAUGCUUCUUUGUUCGUCCACGUGGCUAUUACUAACCGAAGAGGAGGAGGGAAACCUCAUAAAAGGGGCCUUUCUGUGAGGAAAGGGAAGAAAUCCAGGGAGUAUGCAUCUUUGAGAACACUGUGGAUUAAAACUGUAGAUGAGGUGUUCAAGAAUGCCCAGCCCCCUAUUCGGGAUGCCACAGAUCUGAGAGAGAACAUGCAGAAUGCAGUGGUGUCCUUCAAGGAGCUGUGUGGCCUGUCCUCCGUGGCCAAUCUCAUGCAGUGUAUGUUGGCAGUGUCUCCCCGCUUCCUGGGGCCUGAUAACACACCCCUGGUGGUCCUGAAUCUCAGCGAGCAGUAUCCCACGAUGGAGCUGCAGGGUAUUGUGCCCGAGGUUCUGAAGAAGAUUGUAACGACUUAUGACAUGAUGAUUCAGUCCCUCAAGGCCUUGAUUGAAAAUGCAGAUGCUGUGUAUGAAAAGAUUGUACAUUGUCAGAAGGCAGCCCUUCAAGCCACAGAUGAAGAAACUGUUUGCACAGAAAUCCAUGUUCCUGCAGGGCUGGCUGGGCUAGCUGCAGAAGAACUGUGUUCUCUUCUUUUUACAUGCUCAGAAGGAGAAGCUGGUGUGGGUAGUUUUCUUGUAUUUUCUUAUCCUUUUAAGAACGGUAAAGGAUCCUCUUAAACAUUAUUAAAAAGCCUGUUAUGAGAGCUGCUGCUUGGCACUGCACCUGUGAAGUUACCAGCCCCCUGGCCCCUCCUGUUUCCAAAUAUCACUCAAAAAUAUUGGCAGUACAGACAGGCAGAGAAGAUACAUAGAUAAUUGGUAACUAGUGAAAAUGCAAAAAGUGAAAUACUUACCUUGUGUAAUUGCAUGUUAGUAGGGUUAUUCAGGGAGUUAUUAAGAAGGCAGGAGGGAGAGCCUACCUCUGUAAGCUGACCAGAGGAAUCGCUCCCAGAAGUGGCCAGGUGUCGUCUCUGAAUGAAGUGAUGGUAGGCCCAGGUCUCCUGAGGUGGCGGGGGGCUGUGCUGGCUACCCCCACACCUGGCAUCCCAGAUACCCACCAGGCGGCUUGUCUGGUAGAUUAGGAGGUAAGCAGAUAGCCUUUCUUUAACUUCCCUGCCUUUCAUAAUCUGAGUUCUGUAUUAUUACUUCAUUUAGAACACCAAGGAAAUUAAAGGACUCCCUGUCUUCCUUGUUAUGUAACUUCCCAAUAUAAUUGUCUACACUUUUAUAAUAGGCGCAGGGGCAGUAAACCCUGCCAUAACAGGUAUUUAUCAUCUUCUCAUUUUCUGUUUGGUCACCUAUUGAAAACACAGGCUGGAGUCCUCAAGUUUUCGAAAAUGUAACUUUGUCUGAUUGAUUAUUUGUAGUUUAUUUUGUAAACUUGAAUCAUCUAAUCAUAAAAUUAUUUGGAAUUUAUUCUGUAAAGUUUUUCAUUAUAAUAUGUAGUCCUGAUAUGCCUACAAAAAAAUCCCACAUAUCGUAUCUGUUUCCUAGUGUAGAAAUCCUAAUUCAGUAUUACACCUACAGACUUUAUUUUGGCAUUGAUUUAAAAAAUAAACCUUAGCAAUCAUUCUAUGUCCUCAUGUCAUUGUUUUAAUGGUGUUGCAGCAUUUGCUGGGCUAAUGCCUGUACAAACAGCCAUCAUACGCCAGAAAAAAAGUUGUAAAGAUUUCUUUAGAAAAGAAUUGUCAAUGUGCUAAUAAUACAAGUACUAGCUUGCUCAUACCAGUUUGCUGCCCAUGUAUCUAAAAUUCUGUAACUUCUUACAGUGUUCAGCAUAUGUACGUAAUGGGUUUUCAUGGGACUUUAGUAUCUUAACACAGCAUAUAGUCAAAUGACCUAUAACACAGUGUGUGUGAUCAAUAAAUGUUAUUGACUGACCAAUUAGUGUAAUUACUUCAAGCAUCAAGAAUUACUUUCAUUAUCCAAAAUGAUGUGACCUUUUGUAUCUCCAUAUUAUGGAUAUUGACUACUAAUUAUAGAAAUAGAGACCCGUUCUGAAAAAUCCACAUUAAAGAAAUUUUACAUAGUAGUUCAGUUUUACCUCUUUAAGUAAAUAUUCCUGAUUUUCAUGUUUGAGCACUUUUAAAUAAAUAACAGUGAAACAAGAAAACACAAAACCUUAAGAUCAUUUGGAAAUUAAUAUCUGUUUAUGUGAGCUGUGCUGGUUAUUAAAAAAAAAAAAGUAAAGUCUUGAGCCAGUCUUGCUUACCUCCCUCCUUUCCUUCCUUUCCUGGAAUAGACGACUGGGCAGUCUCACAAUUCUUAGAUUUCCUGAAAUGCCCUUCUAACUGUGGCCCUCUAACGCCUACUGGGCAUACUCUCCAUCUUCAUCAUGACUUUUUCUCUCAGUCCCCUCUCCCCAUCCUCCUAGACCAGUUUUUUCUCAGAGUGGUCCCUGGCUCUCUGACAUGGAAAUCUCCUGAGGUACUUGCUAAAAUUGUGCGUGCCUGGGUCUACCCUAGACCUCCUGAGCCAGAGUCCUGGGGGAGAGGCAGGGCAUGUGCAUUUUACACACGCACCUCCAGUGACCCUGCUGCACAUUGAGGUUUGAGACCACACUCUAGUCCCCACAGGACUUCUCCAAGAACCUAACUCCAGGAUCCUCUUACAAAAGCACCACAUCCCUCGCUACAUUACCUUUCUUCCAAGCGCUACGAAUCACCUUCAGGUGCUCUCUGAAUUCUCUGGAUUAAUGUCAGCUUCCUGACUGGCCUCCCUCCUCCACUCUUGCCCUUCAGCUCUAGUCACAGAUUCACGCCAGCUCCUCACCCACCCAGGAUUCUUCCCAGCACAGGGUAAUGCUGCAUCCUCAUUCCCAGAGGGGAUCUCCACAUCUCCGCUUCCUCUAGCUCCUAACUCCAUCACCCUCGAACCAUAAUUAAAGAACAUGGGAGUUUAAAACAAAAACAACUUGGCCUCCUUGGAUGGAAAUAAUUUAGUCUUAAAAAGUUUACUCAUUAUCUGAUUUUCACCAACUUCAUUAAAAUGUACUCUGCUCUUUAGACAGAAUUGUCUGGCUUACUUUGUAACCAAAUACAAUACUGCUUUUAAGUUUCUUAAUAAAAUGAGAAAUUUUUCAUUGGGCAGUGUUUCUUUGCUGAAAAUAAUUAGGAGAGUAGGGAGGAAGUUACAUAACAUCGAACCCAGGCAAGUUCUUUGUACUCACUGUUGAUGUAAAGAACUAGAGUGUGAUCUCAAACCUCUGUAACAUGUUAGAAUAGAUUUUCUGAUAAUUUAGUAUCAGGAGAAUAACACAAUUUGCAUCUUAGUUGUGUGAUUGGAUUUCUUUCUUUAAAAGUGGACUGACCCAGUUGAAAUGCAUGAUCUCAUCCUCUCUCCCUCUGCAUUCCCUUAAAAUGGAGACAAUGCCUCUCCAGUGCCCAUCCAAGAGCCCUUAAAACUCUCUGCCUCACAGAACAAUUAGUUUAUACAUGUAACCGUAUCAUGAGCUCAGAUUAAGGGCUGGGACUGUUUUGUUUAGAAAUAAUGCAUGGUGAAUGAAAAACCUUAGGCAUUGGACUCAGACAAACCAUGAUUCAAAUCUUCACCAUUUCCUUGGGAAAGAGCUAUAGCCUUUCUCCAAACUCCUUACGUAGUGUAUAUAAAGUGCUUGGCAAGUUGCCUUUUGCUUCCCUUGGCUGUGGUCCCACAGCCCAUACCCUGUGCUCUGCAUGUCCCAGGGGUGCAAAGAAAGGUGUGCUGGGCAGAUCUGAGUGAGAAUCCUUUUAUUUCCGUAACAUGCUUCAAAUCAGUGGAUUAGGAGAAUGCUUGCAAAGAUCAGCCUAUGAGCUAACAACGUACAAAUAUCUUUUAAGAAACAAAUUUGUUAUGCAGCAAAUUAGAUAAUAAAACAAAUAACAGUGGGACUGAUAGUCUUGGUCACUUUUUGAAAUUCCGGCUUUUGUAUUGUUCCAGUUUGCUAAUGCUGCUGUUUUGCAAAACACCAGAAAUGGAUUGGCUUUUAUAAAGAGGGCUUAUUUGGUUACAA